AUGAGUCCAACUGCAAACAUGGCCACCACUAUGGACCCUAAGCGCGUCCCCAGCGAUGAGAAAUUCGAAGCGAAUCACAUUGAUGAGAAAGGCUACCAACAAUCGGCAUUGUCAGACGAUGAAGAGUACACUCUACCAGAACAGAGGAAGAUCAUUCACCGAGUUGAUCGCCGCCUGGUAGUGACAUGCGGAGUUAUGUACUGCGUCAGCUUGAUGGAUCGCGCAAAUCUUGGAUCAGCUGCCAUUGCUGGAAUGACAAGGGAGCUGAGGCUCACAGUCGGGUUCCGCUAUUCGACCAUUGCCCUCGUCUUUUUCAUCACCUACGUCCUUUUUCAACCUCCUGCCACAGUACUGUGCCGGAAGAUUGGUCCGCGGCCAUUCCUCGCAUUUAUCACAGUUGCGUGGGGAAUUGUUAUGAUUGGAAUGGGCUUUCCAAAAAGCUGGGAAAUCAUGAUUCCUCUAAGAAUGCUCCUGGGCCUUCUUGAGGCUGGGUUCUUUCCUGGCUGCGUAUACUUGCUCAGUACCUGGUAUAGCAGAUACGAUAUCCAGAAGCGAUACUCUGUCUUCUACCUGAUUGGGUCCAUGGCUUCGGCUUUUGCCAGCAUUUUGGCUUAUGGUCUGAUGCAGAUGAAUGGCCUGGCAGGACUUACUGGCUGGCGGUGGAUUUUCAUUAUGCAGGGAGUGAUCACUUGCCUUGUUGGCAUCUGGGGAUAUUUCUCACUUGUCGACUUUCCCGAUAAAGCCGCCAAGGGAUCGUGGCGAUUCUUGUCCGACCGCGAGUGCAAUUUUAUCCUCCGACGAGUUGAAAGGGACCGAGGCGACUCGCGGCUAGAGCCGUUUACUCUCGGCAGGUUUAUGAGACCUGCUUUGGAUUUGAAGAUCUGGGGCUUUGCGUUGAUCUUCUUCUCUUUGGCAACUGUUACCUACGCGAUUGCCUAUUUUUUACCGAUUAUCUUGAGGGACGGUAUGGGUUUCAGCGUUGCUGCUGCUCAAUGCCUUGUUGCGCCACCAUACGUUUUUGCGGCGAUUCUCAUGUAUACGACUGCCUGGUUGGGUGAUAAAUACCAUACGCGUGGCCCGAUUUUGGUGUUCAAUGCCAUUGUUGGCCUGAUUGGCUUACCUAUCAUGGGCUACGCUUCUACUUCUGGAGUACAAUAUUUCGGUGUCUUCCUGGUGACGGGUAGUUCCAACGCAAACAUUCCUGCUUGCAUGGCCUACCAAGCAAACAACAUCCGUGGUCAGUGGAAGCGCGCUUUCUGCAGUGCUAGUCUUGUUGGUCUUGGCGGUGUGGGUGGCAUCGCAGGCAGCUUGGUAUUCAGAUCCCAAGAUGCACCAACAUACCGUCCUGGCAUCUAUGCUGCUAUCGCUUGCAACAUACUCGUUAUUUUACUCGUCUGUGCUUUGUCGGUGUAUUUCACCAUUUGCAAUCGCAAGCAGGCUCGGGGGCAGAUGGUCAUUGAGGGCCAGGAGGGGUUCAGAUACACUAUUUAG